AUGGUUACUCUACAUGUAUAAUGACUGACUAAUAGCUGUUUAUGUCUCAGUCUGAGGGAUUUUUAGCUUUUUUGGAGCACUUGGUAAGAGGGUCACUCAGUCCACUUCUCAUAAAUGAUCACAAUUGAAACAUUUAUUUAAAGCAGCAACUAAAGGUGUGUUUAAAAUAUUUUUAAUUUUGUUUUCAGAUGUUUAGUAUAAUGUGAAAGCUUUCAAACAUGAAUGCUUUGUGGUUUAUAUCUUUGAUAUCUCGUUGUAACUCCACCAGAUCCCAUGUUUAACAAAGCUCUUGUGAUCUCCACCCCCUGAACGUCACAUCUUACUGCCUCUUUUUGACUUUGAUGGUGAGCAGUCUCCAAAUUACGACAGCACCUGAAGGCAGCAGCAGCAGAUCCUCACGCGGAGACGGAGAGAGAGAUUGUUCAGCCUUGUCCCUUUGGCCUGGUAUGAUAAAACCAGACUUUUCUUGAGUGCUGUUUAACUUCGGGAGAACUUAGCCCGGCUUUUGUUAUCUUUAUUCUUCUUUCCACUCUGAAGGAUGAGCUGUGGCCCGCCGUCGCGCAUGGCUCCCCGGGCGGUCUGGCUCCUGCUCGCGCUGUCCGGUGUCCUGAACGCGAUCUCCUGCCGGGCGUACCCCUGUCAUCCCAUCUGCCGCUGCAGCCCCGACACCUUCCAGUGCAACAGAGACACCCAGCUGGCAGCAGGAGCAGGGGCAGCUGAGCACCGCCUGAGGCUCACCCUUCUGCCCUUGAAACAAGUUCCCACUCAUGCCUUCAAGGAGCUGAUGAACAUUACCUCAAUAGAGAUCUCCCAGAGUGACUGCAUCACACGGAUCCAGAGACACGCCUUCCUCUCCCUCCACAGUCUGCAGCAGAUUUUAGUGCUGAAUAUCAACAGUCUGAGGGUGAUUGAAAAAGGGGCUUUCACUGACCUACCCAGGCUGGAGUAUUUAACCAUCUCUAACACCGGGAUGACGCAUUUCCCCGACUUUACAUCCGUCUCCUCCUUGACCCCCAGCAUUCUCCUCGAAAUGUUAGACAACAUGAGGAUGGACGUGAUUCCUGCAAAUUCCUUCCGGGGCAUGACAGAGGGACAUGCUGACAUGAACCUGGUUAGAAACGGCUUCAAGGAAAUACAAUCUCACGCGUUCAAUGGCACCAAGCUCAACAAUCUAAUAUUAAAAGACAACAAAUUGCUCAGCUACAUCGCAGAAGAUGCUUUUGAAGAAGCUACAGGUCCCACCUAUCUGGAUGUCUCCUCCACGGCUCUGAGCGCUCUCCCCGCCAAAGGACUCACGCAGGUACAGACCCUGAAAGCCACGGCUACCUUUGCCCUGAAAAGUCUCCCCCCGUUACAAGGCCUGGGCGAACUGCUGGAGGCCGAACUCACGUACCCGAGCCACUGCUGUGCCUUCGACAAAUGGCGGCGCAAACAAAGAGAAAAUGCUCUAAAGAACUCUACAAAGUUAUGUAAUCUCAGUGAGAUAGAAAUAGAGCCCACGGAUGGCGACAUGAAUCUCAUCAAUGACAUCAAGAUUGAGUACCCCGACCUGGUGCUUGGUUGCAGGAGCAACCCCUUUGUCAUUUGCACGCCGGUGCCAGAUGCUUUCAACCCCUGCGAGGACCUGCUGCGCUAUGCAUUCCUGCGCUGCCUCACCUGGAUUAUCACUAUUUUCGCCAUCGCUGGUAACCUUGCUGUCCUGGUUAUCCUGCUCAUUAGUCACCACAAGCUGACCAUCUCCAGGUUUCUCAUGUGUAACCUGGCCUUUGCUGACCUAUGCAUGGGCCUGUAUUUGAUGCUCAUCGCCUUCAUGGACUUCCACUCUCGUCAUGAAUACUACAACUACGCCACAGACUGGCAGACGGGACCUGGAUGUGGCACAGCCGGCUUUUUGACAGUGUUUGCCAGUGAGCUGUCAGUGUACACGCUGACUGUGAUAAGCAUUGAGCGCUGGCACACCAUCACCAAUGCCAUGCAUGUCAACAAGAGGCUGCGGAUGCACCAUGUGACAGCCAUGAUGGCUGCAGGCUGGGCCUUCUCUCUGCUGGUUGCCUUGCUCCCCCUGGUGGGAGUCAGCAGCUACAGCAAAGUGAGCAUUUGUCUGCCUAUGGACAUCGACACCCUCAGCUCUCAGGUUUACGUGGUGACCCUUCUCAUCCUCAAUGUUGCCGCUUUCCUGGUGGUGUGCUACUGCUACAUUGGCAUCUAUGUCAGCGUGCGCAACCCGGAGCACUCCACCCGGAACGGAGACACCAAGAUCGCAAAGCGCAUGGCGGUUCUCAUCUUCACAGACUUUCUUUGCAUGGCGCCAAUCUCCUUCUUCGCCAUCUCCGCCGCCCUGCGCAUGCCGCUCAUCACCGUGUCUCACUCCAAGAUCCUGCUCAUCCUCUUUUAUCCCAUCAACUCCCUCUGCAACCCCUUCCUGUACACCAUCUUCACCCGAGCUUUCAGGAAGGACGUGUGCCUGCUGGUGAGCCGCUGCAGCUGCUGCCGCGCCAACGCCGAUUCCUGCAGAUCAAAGACAUCACAGCAGGUCUGCACGCACAAAGUGACCAACCAGAAACCUCACUCGCUUAACUUCUAUGCCUAUCACAUUAAGAUGAAGGGCUGCUUUCUUAGUGAAGGAGCCACGUGAUCAGCUGUGUGCAGACGUUUGGGGGUCAAAAAAAAAAAAAAAAAACUGGAUCAAGUUGCAUCAGAUCAGUUUGCAUUUUUUUUUUCAAACUGGUGUAAAAGGUGCAGCUGCCUUUAUUUUCUUAAAAUAUCAGAAUAGACAACCAGCGUAUUAACCCUUGUGUUGUCUUGCGGGUAAGAAGGGACCCACUGCCAUGUGUAUUUGUAGAAAAAAAUACGUUAGUGCAACCUUUUCCCAAAAAAACUCCAUCAUUAGAAAAAAUACUUUUUAUGGGUGGUACACCGUUAUUGUACUAAGUUCGUAUUAUUAAGGUCAUUUCUGACUUAUAAAACCAUUUGAACACCAGAAAAAGUUAAAGGCCACACAAACUAUUUAAUUCACAGAUAUGCACACCUAAACACACACAUGCAAGUGUACAAAGGGAAGCUGCCUGUAAGACAUACUUUGUCACACAAACUCUACUAUGUUCUUACACCAGUAUUAUAGACACGUACAAACAUGUUUAUACUCAUACAUAAAUACAGUCAAACUCUUAAGUUGCAGAUAAAUCGGUAGGAUACGGUAGGAAAUCAUGAAAGUAAAGGUACUGGAACGCGCAUUUAACCCAUGGUGUUCACACUGGGCAAGCAGGGUGGGGCUUCUUUUUCUUUUUCUACUGUUUACUAGUGCACUAGCCACCUACAGUUAGAAGAGUCUUGGUGUGAAAUGUCAAACAGUUGGCACUUACAUGAAAUAAAAGGGACGCCUUCCAAAUGUUGCUACCAAAUCGGAGUCCCUGAUUGGUCAAUUUGACCUCACUAACUUUAAACACGCGUGUAAUAUCUGCACAAUUUGUACGUAGAGACCAAAAAUGAUCUUGAAAACAUGCGUAGCAACACGUGAAUGCCAGAAUAUGCAUUUACAUAGACUUUUCAUUUAAAAUGGCCACUCAAGCACAUGUUGCCAACACAUUAUCAAACUCCUACACACAUACGACCAUGAGAGGAAAUUGUUGACAAAAAUAUUCCAGAUUGACUGUUUUUUCCCCCCCUUUAUAAAUAAUUUAGAAGUAAUUACUUCACAUUUAUAUAAUAGCAAUAAUAACCAUUUACUGUGUGAAAUGAAACUUUUGGUUUUGGUGAAAAAAAAUGGUUGUCUUUUUUUGCAUUGUGUAUUAUUUGAGUGGAAUUCCUAAGUAAUAGGUUGUUUCACCAUGCUUAAUAGAUUUUACAUUUAAAAUUCAUAUAAGCUGCUUUAUUUGGGGGUUUUGGUAGGAUGGGUAUUUUUUUCACCAGCAGGGCAAGAAGAGUAAUCAGAAUGGCACAAGGGGUAAGAAAAACAAUGAAAUAACCGGCUUUGCAAAGCAGCUUUCGUGUAAACUGUGUGAAAAUAUUUAAUUUCCUUGAGAUUUGUAGAAAGUUUUUAUUUUGUUGUCAUGAUCAAAACUGUGAAAUGUGAUUCUGUGUACCUCAGAUAUGUUUUUGUGCUAUAUUUCACUUUGUUGUGCAAAGCAGAUGUUAAAAACUGAGCCAAAAAAAUAACCGACGUUCUGGUUUGUGUGCUGUAAUUGUUACAAAAAAUGCCAGUGUGCUCAAUUCUUUUUAUUUUUUAUUUUUGGUUUAUCACUAAACUGUACACAUUUGAGAGUUUGUGUUCUCCUUUGCUAGAUGUCUACUCUUCAAAAAUGCUGUACUUGAGCUGCCUCCAGCUAGACCUGGGGGGGGGGGGGUUUCCAACUCCAUCUAUUUUGCUGUUUCAUCAGUUAAACCAUUUUAAAUCCAUGGGGAAAGUUUCCAUUUUCCCUUGUUAGAUUAAAGCCUUCUGUAGAGUCAGAAAACACUGAAAUAAGUCAAAAAAGAUGGAAGGUGUGAUUUGUUAACAUUUUGUGCUCAGUUCUUAUUUUUAGUGUAUAAAACAGUUGAUGAAAUCUGA